CGACGUCGAGUCAGCUCGCCAAACGAUGGCAACAGCACUCAAGGAUGUCUUUGCGGCACGAGCCGAGUUGCAUCUUCCAGUGUUUGUAACCUUUAUGACGGCGGGCUAUCCGCACCCUGACAAGUCUGUCGACAUCAUGCUAGCGAUGGAAGCAGGUGGUGCAGACAUCAUCGAGCUCGGCGUGCCGUUCACAGAUCCACUGGCAGACGGCAAAGCAAUCCAGGAGAGCAACAAUGUGGCGCUCGAGCACGAUUGCGACUAUACAAGGUGCUUGGAGAUCGUCAAGGAGGCCAGAGCAAGGGGACUCAAAUGCCCCGUCAUCCUGAUGGGCUACUACAAUCCUCUGCUUGCUUAUGACACAGAGUACGGCACCGACAAAGCUGUCGUCGAUGCCAGAGCAGCCGGCGUCUCUGGCUUCAUCGUCGUCGAUCUGCCACCCGAAGAGGCUAUCGAGUUUCGCAAAGUUUGCACGAGCAACGGGUUGUCAUACGUACCUCUUAUUGCGCCCUCGACGACCGACGCGCGCAUCCGCUUCCUGGGCUCGAUUGCAGAUUCAUUCAUCUAUGUCGUCUCAAAGAUGGGUACAACCGGCGCAGCUUCCGCUGUCAAUACCGAUCUCCCAAACCUUGUGAAUCGUAUAGAGACAUUGCUGGAUCAGCCAAUACCGCUUGCCGUUGGCUUUGGCGUCUCGACGCACGAGCACUUUGAUCAGGUCGGCUCGGUUGCAGACGGUGUCGUCGUCGGCUCAAAGCUUAUUGCCGCCGUCGAAGCCGCCUCUAAGGAAUCAGGUGACCCUGUCAAAGCAGUGCGCGAUGCCUGCGAAAGCAUCUGUGGCGGCCGUGCUCGUGCCGAUGCCGGCGUAAAUCGUCAAAUACAGCGCAGAGCUCGCGCUAAUGGCAAGGGUGUCAACGGUCCAGGCAACGCAGACGUACCGACGACGACGACAGCAAGAGCGACGACCAAUGGCAUCAAGCACAUCACGCCCAUCAUCGAUGGCGUGGUGACGGAUGAGACCCGGCAAACAGUACCGGGACUAGAUUCGAUUCCGCAGAAGGACGCAAAGACAGGCGAGAGCGCCGUCCUGCCGCCCCGCUUCGGCGAAUUUGGCGGACAGUAUGUACCAGAGGCACUCGUCGACUGUCUGGCAGAGCUCGAGCAGUGCUUCAAAGACGCAACCGCCGAUCCGGCAUUCUGGGCGGAAUGGGAGAGCUACUACAACUACAUGAACAGACCGUCAAAUCUAUACGAAGCAAAGCGUCUGACCGAAAAAAUUGGAGGCGCACGUAUCUGGUUCAAGAGAGAAGAUCUGAAUCAUACGGGCAGUCACAAGAUCAACAAUGCAGUCGGUCAGAUCCUCCUCGCCAAGCGUAUCGGUAAGAAGCGCAUCAUCGCAGAGACUGGCGCUGGUCAACACGGUGUUGCAACCGCUACCGUCUGCGCUAAAUUGGGCCUCGAAUGCGUCGUCUACAUGGGAGCCGAAGAUGUCAGGAGGCAGGCCCUCAACGUCUUCCGCAUGAAAAUGCUUGGCGCAAAGGUCGUCGCUGUUGCGAGUGGAAGCCAAACGUUGAAGGAUGCAAUCAACGAAGCUAUGCGCGACUGGGUCACCAAUCUUUCGACGACCCACUUUCUCAUUGGAUCAGCAAUUGGACCUCAUCCAUUUCCCACCAUCGUAAGAGAGUUUCAGAGCGUCAUCGGCAAGGAAAUCAAAUGGCAAUUACAAGAAGCAGUCGGUCGAUUGCCCGAUGCCGUCGUCGCUUGUGUUGGCGGCGGAAGCAACGCCAUCGGGACGUUCUAUCCUUUUCAGGCAGACACGAGCGUUCGUCUCGUCGGUGUCGAAGCUGGCGGUGAAGGCGUCGAUACGCCUUAUCAUUCUGCCACGCUCAGCAAAGGUACGAAAGGAGUCCUGCACGGCGUGCGCACGUACCUGCUUCAGUCUAACAAGGGUCAGAUUAUUGGCACCCAUUCAAUCUCUGCCGGCCUAGACUACAGCGGCGUUGGGCCUCAGCAUGCGUUCCUCAAGGACUCUGGUCGAGCAGAAUACACCGCGGCAACAGAUCUCGAAUGUCUCAAAGGAUUCCGCCUGUGCACAGAAAAUGAGGGCAUAAUUCCAGCGCUAGAGACGGCGCAUGCGAUCUGGGGAGCAUGUGAGCUGGCAAAGACAAUGCCCAAAGAUGCCAACAUCGUGCUGUGCUUAUCUGGUCGUGGCGACAAAGACGUCGAGCAGAUUGCCGAUCAGCUUCCAAAGUACGCAGAACGACUAGAUUGGCAUCUUGUGAACUAGUGUAUCGCAUGCAUCCUGCUAGCAUAUGUCAA